GUCACCCGUAACAACCACUGGAGCCUCGCUGGGCCCCUCCGGCUCCCGCCCCCCGGCCCACUCCCCGGAACCGGCGGCUGAGCUGCUGCCGCCUGCAGUGGAACGGCGACGGCGCCGUGGAGCCGCCGGCAUGAGCACCCCACGCCGCCCCGCGUCCCCGGCCCGGCCCUUCUGACAAGAGCUAGACUUUGGACUCCUUGAGGAUAUUACAUUUUGUACUUCUGAAUAUCCUCUCACCAUAUUCAGCAUAAAAUAACAUUCUUAAUGAUUAUCCUCGGCAGGACAGGUGUGAGAGGAUUGCUGUUUUAUUGCAAUCAUGGUGCAAAAAUACCAGUCACCAGUGAGGGUGUAUAAACACCCCUUUGAACUAAUUAUGGCUGCCUAUGAAAGGAGGUUCCCUACGUGUCCUUUGAUUCCGAUGUUUGUGGACAGUGACACUGUGAAUGAAUUCAAGAGUGAAGAUGGGGCUAUUCAUGUUAUAGAAAGGCGCUGCAAACUGGAUAUAGAUGCCCCUAGACUGUUGAAAAAGAUUGCAGGAGUCGAUUAUGUUUAUUUUAUCCAGAAAAACUCACUGAAUUCUCGGGAACGUACUUUGCACAUUGAGGCCCGUAAUGAAACGUUUUCUAACCGCGUCAUCAUCAACGAGCACUGCUGCUACAGCGUUCACCCUGAAAAUGAAGAUUGGACCUGUUUUGAACAGUCUGCAAGUUUAGAUAUUAAAUCUUUCUUUGGUUUUGAAAGUACAGUGGAAAAAAUUGCAAUGAAACAGUAUACCAGCAACAUUAAAAAAGGAAAAGAGAUCAUUGAGUACUACCUUCGUCAGCUAGAGGAAGAAGGCGUCACGUUUGUGCCCCGCUGGACUCCAGCUGCCCUUGCACCCUCUUCAGAGAUGCCUUCAUCCUGCAAGAAACCAGCAGCGCCGUCGGCUGUAGUGGUCCCGGACCCUGCGCUAAAGGAAGGGCUGAGCAGCGAGCCCCUCAGCACCCCGAGCGGGGUGCCUGAGCCCGCGGCGGGGACCCCUGACGACAAACUAGACGCAGACUACAUCAAGAGAUACCUGGGUGACCUGACUCCACUGCAGGAGAGCUGCCUGAUCCGGCUUCGCCAGUGGCUCCAGGAGACUCACAAGGGCAAAAUCCCGAAAGAUGAGCAUAUUCUCCGGUUCUUGCGCGCCCGGGACUUCAACAUAGACAAAGCCAGAGAGACCCUGUGUCAGUCUCUGACCUGGCGAAAGCAGCACCAGGUGGACUACAUCCUCGACACCUGGCAGCCUCCCCAGGUCCUUCAGGACUACUACGCGGGAGGCUGGCACCAUCACGACAAAGACGGGCGGCCCCUCUACGUGCUCAGGCUGGGGCAGAUGGACACCAAAGGCUUGGUGAGAGCCCUCGGCGAGGAGGCCCUGCUCAGAUACGUUCUCUCCAUAAAUGAAGAAGGGCUAAGACGGUGUGAAGAAAAUACAAAAGUCUUCGGCCGGCCUAUCAGUUCGUGGACCUGCCUGGUGGACCUGGAAGGGCUGAACAUGCGCCACCUGUGGAGGCCGGGUGUGAAGGCCCUGCUGCGCAUCAUCGAGGUGGUGGAGGCCAACUACCCCGAGACACUGGGCCGCCUUCUGAUCCUGCGUGCCCCCAGGGUGUUUCCUGUCCUCUGGACUCUGGUUAGUCCAUUCAUUGAUGACAACACCAGAAGGAAAUUCCUUAUUUAUGCAGGAAAUGACUACCAGGGUCCUGGAGGCCUGCUGGAUUACAUCGAUAAAGAGAUUAUUCCAGAUUUCCUGAGUGGAGAGUGCAUGUGUGAAGUGCCGGAGGGGGGCCUGGUGCCCAAGUCCCUGUACAGGACCGCGGAGGAGCUGGAGAACGAAGACCUCAAGCUCUGGACCGAAACCAUCUACCAGUCCGCGAGUGUUUUCAAAGGGGCCCCGCACGAGAUUCUCGUUCAGAUUGUGGAUGCCUCUUCGGUGAUCACUUGGGAUUUUGAUGUGUGCAAAGGCGACAUCGUCUUUAACAUCUAUCACUCCAAGAGGUCGCCGCAGCCACCCAAAAAGGACUCCCUGGGGGCGCACAGCAUCACUUCCCCAGGAGGGAACAACGUGCAGCUGAUAGACAGAAUCUGGCAGCUGGGCCGUGACUACAGCAUGGUGGAGUCACCUCUGAUCUGCAAAGAAGGGGAAAGUGUGCAGGGCUCCCACGUGACACGGUGGCCGGGCUUCUACAUCCUGCAGUGGAAGUUCCACAGCAUGCCGGCCUGUGCCGCCACCAGCCUGCCCCGCAUGGACGACGUGCUGGCCUCCCUGCAGGUCUCUUCCCACAAGUGCAAAGUGAUGUACUACACCGAAGUGAUCGGGUCCGAGGACUUCCGAGGCUCCAUGACCAGCCUGGAGUCCAGCCACAGCGGGUUCUCCCAGCUCAGCGCUGCCACCACCUCGUCCAGCCAGUCCCACUCCAGCUCCAUGGUCUCCAGAUGGCGAUUUUGCUGACAGCUGCCAAGAAAACACUUCACUCGACAGUCCACAUCAGCCCAGGGCCGCUUGUAGAGCUGUCUGAAUUGCAGCCACCCCUCCCCCAGUCUGAAGAGCGGCUCUUUUUAGGUUGACUCAGAAGUGGCACUGUCUUAUCCCCAAAGAGUUGAAUGCAUCCUUAAGCGUUCACAGCACAUCACUGCACAAAUACUUACAGGGUUACUCCUGAGUACCCAUCGCCCUGUCCUCCUUGGAAGGGGCUGUGAGGCAGGUAGACUUCGAUCCCGCAGUUCAUUGUGACUCUACAUCAGUGCCCUGCACUCUUUAAAAUGCUGCUGUCAUUUCACUGUUUUCAGCACUAACGAUCCUUUUGGUUUCCCCUCUAUUACUAGUGUCUUAAUUCACUUUUUUUCCUAAUUUCAUUAUUUACGUAUCAAAUUCUGUAAAUGUUUUGUAAACAUAUUACCUCACUCUUGGUAAUACAAUACUGAUAGUCUUUAAAAGAUUUUUUUAUUGUUAUCAAUAAUAAAUGUGAACUGUUUAAA